CGCGAGUCCGUACAAGGUCACAAAGCAACGGAAGUGUCUUUUUUGGCACACUUAAACAGACAGGUACGAUAAAACAAUCACUGGUACGAUUGCUUCUAACAAUAAUUGUCUCCGUUAUACCAAUAUUGUUCUCUUCAUAAAAGUAGGUCACUACAUACUCAAAAGCACAGGUGAUAAACUAUUUUCGAAAAGACGACUCUCUUGGCGACUACUUUAACUCAGCUAAAUGCAAUCAAAGCGAAAACAGUAGUCUUGAUGCGUAAUAAACGACCAAAACAAUAAAAUUAACUCAACGAGGAAAAAUACUGCUGUCCUUUUCACAUGGCGCGCUGUCAACUUUUUGUUUCGAUUAUCAGAGUUGUCUCAACCUCAUGCUCGUGUAGCUUCUGGUUGUUGUCAGCCACUUUCGUCCUUAGAUGUGAGUGCAUCCUAUGUGUUUACUGAGUCUUCUAGUCACUUUUUCUCCUGUUCUUUUCUAUAUAAUCUUACUGCUCUUAGCACCCCUAACAUACAAAGUACCUUUGGGGUACUAAUUAGGAAGCAGUGCUUAGUUAUAAACUAAUGUACUACUAUAAAAUGUGUAAAGUAACGGUAGACUAACGGCCUUUUUAUUCCCCAUAACAUAGGCAAGUUGCUACGUAUACAUGUUAGUAGUCAGGUCAGUAUUGUGAAUCCUAUAAGGUUUCCGUUACCAACUUAUAUCAACUACAGUGCAGCAAUGCUUUACCACUUCUUUGUUCAAAAACCUAAUAAACUCAUUGCUGGUAUUGAGUUAUGAGUAGGAGUGGCAAAAUACUGUCUAGCUACAAAACACUCCACUAUGCAUAUUAAGAGCCAGGCACUACCAGUUUUCAUAACAACAUAAAAGUAGACCUUCACUGCAUUUCUAGUGGCUCACUCUUAAUAUUGGUUGGUUUAUUCAGAGCUAUCAGCGUGGUAUACAUUCACCUUUAGGAUUUUCCUUUUUUGUCACUCUACUUCGGGAACAAGACUUGGAUCUAGGUUCCUAGCCAACACAGUGUACAUGUGUGUGAUGUUUGUUGUUAACUUCUCAAACUGUAAAGCUGGGUGGCGUGAAUAUGAAUCUUACGGAGGGCAUCAACUCCUUCAAAUUGCACAUGUGACCUACGAUUGUGGUGUUUCAUUGCUAAAGUGAACCUGUUGUACCCUUGCAGACUAGAAAUGGAUUCUUAUAUCAGCGAAUGAGGUUAGUAAUGUAAAGCACUAUGGACUGAUCCAAUUUAGUUGUUCAUUAUAGGCUUCAGGAUCAAAUUCUGGUUACUUGCGUAGUGUACGAAUGUUUAGAUAUACUUUUGUCCAAUCAGACCACUGGUCACUAACAAGUGUACGGAGAGAUGUCAUAUACAUUGCAACUCUGAGGAACUGAUAUCGAGUAAUGUGAAUGAGUUUCUUUAUCAAAAAUACUCUGAUUUCAAGACAGGCACAUGUUUUUCACUAGAGAAGUAUGAGUUUUCGUUCUUGGUUUUCAAUACUGAUAAAAGCUUACCUUUCUUCUAGAUAAUGACUUCAAACCUUGGGUUCUUUAAUUUAAUGGACAACUUUCUGCCAUCAGAUAAGUGUUUACUAGUGAAUGACUUAGGAUGUACUUCUUAUAGUACCAGGUACGAAAGUUGCUUUGUUUAACAAUGUUCCACGAAGUAGUGUUUCUUGUCCAAACUCAUCUUGCCUUUGUGUCACUGAAGAUCUACAGCUGAUGGAGCAGCAUUAUGCAACUUGUCAUCAUCACUCAUGUUCACUCUGUGGUUUAAGUUUUAUAUCUUCACGGCUUCUUUCGGUACACGAACAAAUUACACAUUGUGGAGCUUUCAAACCAAAGGUAAAUACACAGACAGUGGUUUAGCCAUUGGAUUUCAGCUGGACUGUUUUCUUGCCGUGUGUCCUCAAAAGUUCUAUGACUCUGCCGAACUUUUCUCACAUGCUUAUAAUUGCCAUGGGCUUCUUCCUGAUUCGUCAGUGCUCAUAGGUACAAAGAUAAGUGUCGAAAAUCGCGAUUCUAAUAAAAUUGUAAGAACAUUUUAUAUAAUCCUUGUAUUAAGUACGUUUAAUGGCUUUUCUCUUAUUAACAGUUUUUCAAUCAAUCGGUUUUUUCGUUUUGUAAAAAUAAACUAGAAAUUAAUUAGCUACGUAAACAAAACAGGUGUUGCUUUGUCAAGCGUAGGAUUUUCCCCAUUAGUCAAAGGCUCACUUGCUGGUCCAUUUUGAGAAGACAUGUCGUAUUAGUACGUAAUAAGUAAACUUAGUAAAGUCUCUCCGCAGUUUUCGAAUUUCUAAGUGGGAAUUCGAUUAACCAAACGGCUUACUUUUAGGACGUUUGGAUUCCUAGUGUCUCUAUUAAUAAGAAAACAUUUGUAAGAGUUCUUUGUAUGAUAAUCAUCAGUAUGUAGAAAAAAAGCGAUUAAAGAAAUGUAAUCGAAGCAUAAACAACCUUCGGACAAACUAAUCGCCGGAAAAAUUUUGUAUUUCUCAACUAACCAAACCAGUGCUUCCUCAGUAAUAAGGACGUAGUGUAAUAUCUACAAUGUAUUUCCUAGUUCCAUAAGAGCCAUAUAGGGUUUUGAGCUCUUUCGUGUGUUGUGUGAAUGCUACUGUUUGCUAAACUAUUUGUGAAUGUUGUCCGCACUCAGUAUUCCUUAGUUGUGUGAGUGCUACAGAGAGUUUUGAACGAUUUCGCAGGUUGUGUUCCAACGACCUGAUAAUCGUCCAUACAAAUGCGACUGUUGUGUUGUGUGAAUGCUACUGUUUGCUAAACUAUUUGUGAAUGUUGUCCGCACUCAGUAUUCCUUAGUUGUGUGAGUGCUACAGAGAGUUUUGAACGAUUUCGCAGAUUGUGUUCCAACGACCUGAUAAUCGUCCAUACAAAUGCGACUGUUGUGUUGUGUGAAUGCUACUGUUUGCUAAACUAUUUGUGAAUGUUGUCCGCACUCAGUAUUCCUUAGUUGUGUGAGUGCUACAGAGAGUUUUGAACGAUUUCGCAGAUUGUGUUCCAACGACCUGAUAAUCGUACACACAGUUGUAGAUUUAUUGUUUUGUUUGUUUACUCUUUUAUUAACUCAUUCAUUGUGAAUAGUGAGUCGAUUUGCAAUUAAACGUGAUUUUUUUGUAAAAUUUAAUUUUUACUUGGCCCUUAUAGUUUAAUUUUCUCUCAAGUUUUGCAUUCACUUCUGUUUCUAGAUGUCCGAUUUGAAUGUCCAUCGUUGGAAUGAAUCCGUUGAUGGCCAACUCACUCUGGAAAAUAUGCUAAAAAAAACUCAAAUCAGAGGGUUGCAGUUGCAUAAAGUACAAGUUCACUCCUGGGACCAAUUUUCCGGAACAUACGCACGACGAAGAUAAACUGGACUGUAUUGUCAGCGGUCAGCUUUCAUUCAGUAUGUAUGGAAAGGAAAUUAUAUUAGGUCCUGGUGAUCGUCUAGAAGUUCCUCGCAAUAUACCACAUUCUGCUCGUGUUGUAGGCAAAGAUCCACUCGUAUUUGUGGAUGCUACACGAAGACCAUGAAACUUUUAAAACCUUUUUUUAUGCUCAUUUAAUCUUAUGGUUGUUUUUAUGUCGCUUGAAGCAUGAGUGCUGUCAAUAUAAUGAUCAAAAUUAUUG